GCUCCACCUGCCCUCCCUCCGGCGUCUCUAUGGUCACGGCGGAGGCCUUGUGGGCGGCGAGUCCCGUGACGGGUUCCGCGGUGACGGUGGCCGGCAGGAGCGAAAGAGCGAAGGAACAAGCAGGAGGAGGAGGCGAUGGCGGACGCUAGAGAUCCACUGAUUAUCUAAGUACCAACAACUGCCUCUUCUGAUAUGAAAACUGGGAAAGAGUACCUCUGAAAUCAACAUGUAGCAGAAAACCCCUGUGCCAUCAGAUGUGCUGCUUUUAGCCAGGGUCUUUCAAGCUUUUCAACAGUGAAUGAAGCACUCUAGGAUUUGAUUUUUUUUGGGGUGGUGAAUGCAUUUUAUCAACUAAAGUUCAAAUUGGAUCUUAUGUAGUAUUGGUUAAACUAAGGAACCAUGAGUAGCAAUUUAGGCAAAGAAAAAGAUUGUAAGGAGAAAGACUCCAAAGUGUCUUCAGCAAAAGAAAAGGAGAAAGAAGCAAAGGCCUCUGGUGGUUUUGGGAAAGAGAGUAAAGAGAAAGAGCCUAAGACCAAAGGGAAAGAAGCCAAAGAUGGGAAGAAAGAUGCCAGCAGUGCACAGCCAGGGGUAGCUUUUUCAGUGGACAAUACAAUAAAACGACCAAAUCCAGCUCAAGCUGCUCGUAAAAAAUCCAGCAAUGCCGAAGUGAUCAAAGAGCUAAACAAAUGCCGGGAAGAAAAUUCAGUGCGCUUGGACUUGGCCAAGAGGUCAAUACAUCUGCUCCCAUCAUCAGUCAAAGAGUUGACACAGUUAACAGAACUUUAUUUAUAUGGAAACAAACUGCAGUCACUACCACCUGAGGUGGGCUGUCUUGUGAAUCUGGUGACACUGGCCCUGAGUGAGAACUCCCUCACCAGCCUUCCUGACUCUCUUGAUAACUUGAAGCAACUUCGCAUGGUUGAUCUGCGGCAUAACAAACUCAGAGAAAUCCCUCCAGUGGUAUACAGGCUAACUUCCCUUACCACACUUUAUCUGCGCUUUAAUCGUAUCACAGCUGUGGAAAAGGAUAUUAAAAACUUAUCAUUGCUCACAAUGCUAAGUAUACGGGAGAAUAAAAUCAAGCAACUACCUGCAGAAAUUGGUGAGUUGUGUAACCUCAUAACAUUGGAUGUAGCACACAAUCAGCUUGAACAUCUUCCAAAGGAGAUUGGAAAUUGCACACAGAUCACCAAACUUGAUCUACAGCACAAUGAACUCUUGGAUCUUCCAGACUCUAUAGGAAAUCUAUCCAGUCUGAAAAGUCUUGGUUUGAGAUAUAACCGGCUGUCAGCAAUACCCAGGUCGCUAGCACAGUGCAGUAAACUCGAUGAGCUGAAUUUGGAGAACAACAUUAUUUCUGCUUUACCAGAGGGUCUUUUAUCCAGCCUUGUGAAUCUGACUAGUCUAACUCUGGCAAGGAAUUGUUUUCAAUCAUAUCCAGUGGGUGGUCCCUCGCAAUUCUCCACGAUCUACGCACUCAAUAUGGAGCAUAACCGCAUCAAUAAAAUCCCUUUUGGAAUAUUUUCCAGAGCGAAAGUGUUGAGCAAGCUGAACAUGAAGGACAAUCAGCUGACAUCCCUUCCCUUGGACUUCGGGACAUGGACCAGCAUGGUCGAACUCAACCUAGCUACAAACCAACUCAACAAGAUUCCAGAAGAUGUGUCUGGGCUUGUUUCCCUUGAGGUUCUUAUCUUGUCAAACAACCUUCUAAGAAGCCUCCCCCAUGGCAUUGGAAAUCUGAGGAAACUGAGAGAAUUGGAUUUGGAGGAAAACAAGCUGGAGUCCUUGCCAAAUGAAAUAGCUUACCUUAGAGAUCUACAGAGACUGAUCCUAACGAAUAAUCAAUUGAGUACCCUUCCUAGAGGAAUUGGACACCUUAUCAAUCUGACGCAUCUUGGACUGGGGGAGAAUUUCCUUACGCAGCUUCCUGAGGAAAUUGGUACACUGGAGAAUCUGGAAGAAUUGUAUCUUAACGACAACCCCCAUCUAAACAGUCUACCUUUUGAACUUGCGCUCUGCAGUAAACUAUCUAUAAUGAGCAUUGAGAACUGCCCACUCAAUACUCUUCCAGCUCAGAUUGUUGCAGGUGGACCUUCCUUUAUCAUCCAGUUCCUCAAGAUGCAAGGGCCAUAUCGUGCCAUGGUCUGAUGGAUAUCUGCCCUAUUGAUGUACAAAAUAUAAAUGACACUUGGGAGUGUCGCUGUGUAUAUAGUAUUAUCGAGGCCACAAGGUGCCAGGAUUGGAAAGAAGUUGGCUUGUCCCAUACACUGUACAAAAUGCAAAGAGCAUUGUUGGUAUUGUGUAUGUGUGUAUAUAUAAUAUAAUAUAUAGGGUGUAUAUUAUAUUAUAUAUAAAACAUAAAUAAUAUAAACAGGCAAAUUUAAGACCACAUUUAUGUGUUUCUGUUUCAUAGAGGAAACAUAGCCAUUUAUGGGUUGUUUUUUUCCAUUGUAAAAAUGCUUGUCUAAGUUUUAUUUGCUGAACUAAAUGGAUGUCUGGGAAAUUGGGAAUACCAGUUUACUUUAUUCAACUGCCACAUAAUUGCAGAUUAGUGUCAGGAACAGAAUGUUUUAGAUAGAGCCCUCUUCUCAUUAUGAAAAAAAAACCCAACAUAUUGGUAACAUGAAGUUUUCCCUCAGCUCAUAUUCUUAAAUGACAAAAAUUCUUAGAGGUGAUUUGUUCUUGAGAGCUUUUAACUUGGAGCGAAUGGUCUUGUAUGCUGUUUACAGUAAGAGUAAAUCACUGGAUUAUUGUCUUUUUUGAUUUACUCUUUUUAAAUCAUAUCUAGAAUUUUGUGCAUAUGCCGAGGGCUUUUUAAUUGACUGAUUUUAAUAGAAAAAUGGAAGCAGGAAAAGAUUAAUUCUGACAAAAGCUUGAGUUCAUUUUAAGUCGUCAGUAUCAAUAACAAACAUAUCAUAUUAGAACCAUUUGUUUUAUAAUUGGCUGCAUUUAGCACACACAACACAUUCUAAUUUUAAAAUCGACAGAUUUGUUGAAAAGCUGUAUGUUCUGUUAAGGUCGAAUAGAUGAGAAUAUCUAUCUAUAUAUAUAUAUAAGGUGGCAUUGAUGUAAAAUACAACAGGCAAUUGUAAGAGUUUUUCCUGGUCUUUGUACAAAUAAUGAAUGUGUCUUUUUUUGGAAACACUGCAGUAUAUGUAAGAUUUACGGUUCAUUGACGAUGUUAUUCUGGUUUAUAUCUUGCCUUGCCUUGUACAUCCUUCCAUUCUUAUGGGCCGUCUGUGUCCUAGCACAAUAUCUCCAUGCUGUGCUGUUUUGCUGCUGAACUAAAUGCACUUUUCCCUUCAGCUUGGGACACUUGCUUCAAAGUAAUCAGUUCAGUACCAUGAUUUAUUCUCUUAACCUCAUUCUGUCAAUCUCAGUAUUAAAGACUGGUCUGUUUAAAAAGGACACCUUUUCAUUUGUAUUUAGAACUUGAUCAUUCUGUAGGGGAAAAAAAUCUAGUAAAGUAGUUCACAUACAAUUGGUGUCAUUUUCAUGGCUGUAUAAAGGGCUAAUGAUGCUGCAGUGAAAUAGACACUUGCUAUUACACUUGGAGUACCAUUUCAGUUUCAUUUUGGAAGCUUCUAUUGCAAUUACAUUCCAGAUUUGUUUUCAUUUUGUCAAAUUUGCUAUGAUGGGUUUGAUUCUGGGAUAUUAGAAUUUAAAGAGUGCUGCAUCUUUUGAACAAGUGUUACAUCAUAGUUGCCAGAGGAAGGUUUCCAUCUCUUGUAGGUUUUGUAAUUAUUCUUAUUUAGUUCUUACAAUAAGAUCUGAUUAAUGGGCACAAUCUAUAGAUAGUCAUGCAUCUUUUUUCUCUCCAUUGAUAUUAAUGAGAUCUAAGCUCCUGCUUGUGUGCUUAAGGCUGCACUCCUAAGCACAGCUACUUCUGAGCUAAUGUGCUUAAGAUUGCUGUACAUUAUUUUCAGUGGGAUUUGGAUGUUCCCGAGUUUCUCUGGGCUGAGCCCAUAAUCACUCCCUUGCUUCUGCUGUCUCUAAGGUGAAUUCUAGCUUUCAUUAAUGUUUGUACUGGCAAGGAGGAAGUUCCAAAAGAAAGGCAUAUAGAGAUAUAAAACCUUAGUAGUAAAAAUGACUCUAGAUUUGAUCAGAUUUUCAAAGAUUUUUUAGACUGGGUUCAGAGUUAUUGAGUCCAAAGUGAGCUGGAUGGAGGAAGUGGACUUCAUGGCCUUGGAAAUGCUGUACCAUUGGUCCCGAGACCUUGGUAGUCCUUUAGGUUUUUGAGGACUUCAAUUCCCAGAAGUUUCAGCCAGCUCAUCCAAUAGUGAGGAAAUCUGGUAGCUGACGUCCAAAACACAUAGAGAACAAAGUUUGGGAACCAAGUUGGGGUCUUGCUAAAUAGGGUGGACUGUGCUAUGUUGGAGGGGAUAAGGAGAAAGGAGGAGGUAUAGAUAAAGGCAUCUUCCACAUACGUCAUGGGUGCCCAAUCUUUAGCUUCUUGCACCACAGUCCACCACAAUAAUCCUAAACAGUGUAGCAUUUUAAGGGGAAUGCCAUGGGAAGAAGUGAUUGUGGCUUUGUUAUUGGCUUUGCUCCUCACAUAUAACUCUGAAUCCAUACCAUAAAUUCUACCACCUUUUACAAACAAAGUCUAUUAAUAACUAUUUCACUCUCAGUGUUUAUAAAAAUGUAUAGUUUCAGCUGUAUGCAAGCCCACUUGUCUAGACAUUCAAUUGUGAAAAUACAAAGAUGCGUGUAGUGAUGGUUACAAAAGGUUAAAGCCCAAUUUGUGCUGAAACUGGAAACUUGUUCCAUUGAUUCAGUACAUACGUCUUUAUGUGUUGCCCACAUGCAUUUUUGUUUUAGGAUGGGAAUAAUCUUUUCAAGUCAACGAUUUAUCUGUCCCCUUUCAAGAGUUUAGCCAUGGACUGAAAAUUGUUCUGGGCAUCGCUGGAGGAAUCUCUUUAGAAACUUUUAAAGAAUUGAAUUAGGUUAGUUUGCAUCUAGUGAGCUGGCUUCUUCUGCCGCUUUGUGGAACUGAAGGUAGAUGAAGUAGGGUUGCGUUUGUGGAAUUGAUUGUUUUGUCUGUAAAUAUAAUAAUACAUUUGUUCAUCUUGCCAAGGAUUCUAUGACUGACUGUUUCUCUCUAGAAAAAUGCCUGCAUGUUAGAAACUGGUUUUAUUUAUUCAUUGAUACACUUAGAAAUAACUGGUGUUUUUUUUAAACCAUAAUGCAACAAAUAUACUUCAACAUCAUAUGUGCACAGAAGUCAUAAUACAUUCUAGCAUUAAGCAUUGAAUCCAUGUUUCCCAGUCCCUUUCCAUUUUUGUUUCAUGUUGCAGGAUGAAAAGGGAAUAGAUUUAGAAGAAGGUAGCAAUGAAUUCUGGGCUUUGAAAUGUUAUAAAGAAUUUCUUUCAUAAUGUAAAUAAUUGCCAUUUGAUUUUAAAACAGGGUCUUUGGAUUGAAAAUUAUUGGGUGACCCAAUGUUAGGUACUUUCCUUGGCAAAUUGAUGGCUUUUAUUCAAUGGGAUCAUGCCAACUUAAAUAUAUGAAGGGAGGUAUGCCAUGAAGAUUAAAAUUUGAACAGAAGCUUGCUAAACAGAACUGAGAGAAAUUAAUAGAUUUGUGAUACUGAGACACUAUCAAGAUAGAAGAACAUAGAUAUAGAGGACUGAUUUUUGGAAAUCAUUUUGGAGAUUUGCUCUUGUAAUAGAUGCCUUCAGUGACUCUACCAAUCUAGUUUCUGAUUUUUAAGUGAGGGUGCAGAAUCGUUGACAAUCUUUCCCAAUAUGUCUUAAGAGUUUUGGUGGAAGUCAGUGCAUACCCUCCAGUAUUUAGUAAACAACAGGUUUAUUUGGAAGCUAUUGCAUUAUCUUUUUUGUUAAAUGAUAUGGAUUGUGUAAUGCAGGAAGCAAUAGAUUAAUUUGAAACAUUGCUAGUUCUUUCUGAAGUAAUUGCAGUGGGAACUACUUUCCCAAUUGCUGUUAUGAAACAAUGAGGUAAAAUCCUUUUGACUGGUAUGAAAUGCAUAUCACUUAGCUAAUGAUGCAGUGCCACUACUGAUUUGCUUUGUUGGAGUGUGUACUUCUGUUCAUAUAGUUCACAUAAUUUCAUAGGAAACAUUAUCCUAACAGUACAUAUCCUCCUUGCAGUAUUGAAUCAGCCAUAUAGAUUGAGCUGUAAAGGAGGACUGAUUUAAUUCUACUUUAGUAAGGAAUAAAUAAAAUAAUGCAGUAUCCUCCUCCUAAGAUUGGAUUAAAACACGAAGACGUUACAAAGAUCUAGCUAGCAUUGUGACUCCUUUUAGAAGAGAAAUGAUAUCUUCUUAUACUACUCAGAAGAUGUUAAUGUCAGUCAAAAUACUACAUUUAGGGACAAGAGUUGGCAAGGAGUUAGGCUGUAGCCUAACUCCUUGGCUUUUAAAGACCUUUGUCUCUAUUUCUUGGGGAAUGUUUUUAAAUUUGCUUUCUACUGAAGGCUUGCCAUUUUAUUAUUUUGAUGCCUCAGACUUUAUUUUUCUUAGUUAUCUUUGCCAAUAUGUCAGGUUGGGAGGAAAUCUCGCUCUCCAAAAUUGUUUUGUCAAAUCUUGUGAAGAACUGUAGGGAUUGAAUUUCUGCCAGAAAGGCAGAAAAAUUCCAAAAUAGCAUUUCUGACUUCAUUAGUUUUUGCGGGAUGGGACACUGGAGCAGCUUUGUUCUCUUCAGAUAUCAGAGGAAGAAUGUCUCUGUAACUCUUAAUCUAAAUGGUGCGGAGCAUUUGUAUAGUCAAUAUUGCACUUCAAUUGUAUCUUUAAUGCGCAUGUCAAACCUUGCAUUUGAUUAGGUAUACACUUGGCAGUAAUUUGCACAACAUACCAACUUUAAAAGGCACAUGUAGAACAAUUACUAAUGAUGAUACUUGCAAAAAAAUCGGAUGGCUUUUUUGUCGUUCUACAAAGAAAGUGAUUUUUCUGUUUAUUAUUUCAGUGUUUGGGUCUUAAACAGGACAGUGCAGGAUUCUGCCUGUUUAAUAGUAAGGCCUCGCUGAUUUGUGAUUGAAAAUGAAAGUGUGUAAACAGUCUACAAAAAUGUACUUUCAGAAUUAUUGUAAUGUUGAUUGUUAUGUCUAUAAAAUUGCCUUGCUUUUUUAUAAGUCAUUCUGUAUCAAUGUAUUCAUUAUAAAUAGUAUAUUUGUAAAUGAA